AUGGGUUCUCGGGUGUACAACGCAAAUCACGGAAAGCAACUUACUAUGUACGCGAACAACGGGCCAGGGCCCAGCCUCAGGUUUAGGAUGUGCAAAUAUCAUGGAGAAAUUGGUAGUGCGGAGUCCAUGGUAAAUAAAAAGAACUACGUACAAGAAUCCCAUGACUACCAACACACCGUUACUUCCGGGAUGGAGUUUCCCAUUUUGAUUUUGUACUUUUGGCCAGGGGUCGCUCGGAGCAUGCAGCUAAUCGAUUAUGAUACCUCAGGCUUGCCUCAUCUCUCAUCCUGGAAAGCGAAGCCUCUCAUCCAUCGCGUGCAUCAUACAUUCAUUCAUACAUACUAUGGCUUUCCUCCAUACACAACGCCCGAUGACGUCUGGUUUUUCCGAAUCGGGAAGCGCAAGGGCGCAUUCUUAGCCCAACCUUAUUCUAGGGUUGCUUAUAUAAUACAAACGCAACAUAUUAUUCCGACGGAUGGACCAAUAAGAAAACAAAGAGCAAAGUCAUAUUUGAAGAGAAACACAUUAGUCAGCAUAUGCAGCUCGGAGUUGGAAAUGCGACUUUUUGCUGGCAAGAAAAAACAUGGGAGAAUAAGCAAGAAAGCUGCAUCUCCAGUCUGA